CAUGCUGAAGCUUCAAUAUUCCAAGCUACCUUUCCUGCCAGAGCCAGUCAACCCUUUCACUCAGACAAAUGUGCAGAGAAGAUGUAAACGAAGAGAUUCAUUUCCAUUCUGAUUCUCUUCUCAAGUCAACGCCCAACAAUGUAAUGGAAAUCACAGAAAUGGAGAUACACCUGCCCUAAUCUGACAUGGAGGAUAGAAGGGCAAACCUCAUUGCAGUGUUCUUGAUAAUUCUCCUCGUCAUCCUCAUCGUGGUCGCCCGCCUCUCCCUCAAACUCUCCAAACCCUUCUUCCUCAUCUGCGGCGCCGACCUCGCCGCGAUUUUCGCCGUCGUCACGAUAGUCAUAAUCAGGGUCCGUUACAGCAGCCGGCGGCGUCAGCUGGAGCGCCAGCUCGACUCCCAGGGGAAGGAGCUGCGGAUCGACUACAGCUUCCUGCGGAAAGUCGCCGGAGUUCCCACAAAGUUCCGCCACCGGGAGCUGGAAGAAGCAACCGAUGGAUUUCGGGCUUUAAUCGGGCGCGGCGGGUCGGGCUCCGUGUACAAAGGUCUACUGACCGACGGCACGGCGGUCGCCGUCAAGCAAAUCGACGGCGAGGAGCGAGGGGAUAAGGCUUUCAAAUCGGAGGUCGCCGCGAUUGCCAGCGUGCAGCACGUGAAUCUGGUGAGGCUCAUCGGAUAUUCCAUUUCGUCCGCCGGCCCCCGUUUCCUCGUCUACGAGUUCAUCGACAAUGGAUCGCUGGACAACUGGAUUUUCCCCGGACAUCAUCGGAGACGCGGCGGCUGUUUGUCGUGGAGUUCGAGGGUCCGGGUCGCCGUCGACGUGGCGAAGGCGCUGGCGUACCUGCACCACGACUGCCGGUCCUGCAUACUCCACCUGGACGUGAAGCCGGAGAACAUUCUGGUCGACGACGACUUCCGGGCGCUCGUCGCCGAUUUCGGCCUGUCGAAGCUCAAAGGCCGGGAAGAGAGCCGCGUGGUGACGACGAUCCGCGGCACCCGCGGCUACCUGGCGCCGGAAUGGCUCCUGGAAAACGGCGUCUCCGAGAAAUGCGACGUCUACAGCUACGGCAUGGUGCUGCUGGAGAUCAUCGGCGGCCGGCGGAACAUUCAGGUCCGGCAGGGCGCAGCAGCCCGGAAGAAAUUCCACUACUUCCCGCGGACGGUGGCGGAGAAAUUCCGGGAGGGGCGGCUGAUAGACGUGGUGGACGAGAGAAUUGCGAAUUCCGGCGGGAUUGGCGAGCGGGAGCUGAAGCGGGUGGUGGGAGUGGCGCUGUGGUGCAUACAGGAAAAGCCUAAGCUGCGGCCGAGCAUGGCGGAGGUGGUGGCGAUGCUGGAGGGGCGGCUGCCGGUGGAGGAUCCGCCGAGCACGCAGAUGCUGAUUGUGGAUAUGCUGUGGGUAGACGACGAUGAUGACUACUCCGACCGGAUUGGGCCGGCGGGCCGGCCCAAUGUGAGAUUAACCGCCGUGGAUCGGGAGAGUCCGUCGGCGUCUUAUAAUUGCUCGUUCGCAUUUUCGUCGCUGUACGGCCGCUGAGUGAAGGAUGUUUGUUUGUUCUUAUAUUACAGAUUUAUUGCACUAAU